GUCUCUUGAACACCGGAGCCAAGUUGCCCAGAACACUGACCCACAAUCUCUGCCUGAGAGCAGGAGUAUCACCCCGGCGGACUGUUGCCCCAGCCUUCUGGCUCGGAUAUUUGUGAUUUUUUCUGGAUUUAUAUCACACAGAUAAAUUUCGGGAUGCCUUCGGAAAAAAACCUCCAAGGAGGGAAAGCCUUCGGAGUGUUAAAGGAGCAGCAGAUCAAAAAAUUGGAGGAGAUAAACAAGGAAUACAUGGAAGACCAGAAAUACAGGGACGAGGAGGACUUGCCUGAAAAGUUGGAAAGUCUCAAAAAUAAAUAUUCCGAGUUUGACCUCAAUGACCAAGGAGACAUUGAGCUGAUGGGUCUGAAGCGGAUGAUGGAGAAGCUGGGCGUCCCCAAAACCCACUUGGAGUUGAAAAAGAUGAUCGUGGAGGUGACGGGCGGCAGCAGCAACACCAUCAACUACAGGGACUUCGUCAAGAUGAUGCUGGGCAAGCGCUCAGCUGUGCUCAAGCUAGUCCUGGUCUUUGAGGACAAAGCCAACGGCUCUCCCUGCAAACCAGCAGGCCCCCCUCCAAAGCGGGACAUCUCUAGCCUGCCUUAAGUCUACAUGACAGCCUCCAGAAUUCACACGCGGAGCAGAGGGACCACCGGUGGUUGCGUUUAAAAAUAGAGUUGUUCUCUUAACAUGUGGAGUGUUGUAUUAGUGUGGGACCAGUGAUAAAGGAUGUUAUUUUGUGAUAUACACAGUGCGUAUAAGGUAUCUGUUAUUUGGAAGACGGAGCCCACAACUCACUAAAUGAUGUUUGACUGUGAAUAUUAUGAUUCAUGUUAUUUUUCCUUAAUAAGAUGUAGCAUUGGUAGUUGUACACGUACGCCGCCUGAUAAGUUAAAAUUUUGUAGUAACUGUUCUAUGGUCAUAUUAUGAAGGGAAGACUCAAAAUACUCAAGAUUUUUUUUUAAAUUCUUCUUUAUGUCAUUUUGGGGCGCAUGGAUUUUAACAAUGUGAGAGUAGGAUACUUUAAAAUGAAAAGAAGCAGUUUUGGAACACAUUGUUCCACUGUCCUCAGUGGUCUUGGAUGGACUCCUGCCAGGUUAAUCCUGGUCAGCUUCUCGCUUCAGAUCUGUUGCCAGAGAUUACAGACCCAGCCCUUUUUCCUCCGGGUCAGAGUCGUUGGCCCUUUGGAGCGGGAACACUGAUCUGGAAGCAGUAACUAGGUUAUCACAGCCAACACAUGGUCCGAAAAGAAUUGCUUUGAAGUUGACUGAACUGCUUUGCUUUUUUAAGAUAGUCGCUCACUCUAGACGAGAGGAGAUCAUGUUGAGUCUGGGACAACAAAUUGGACUUAGUUUUUAGAUCUGUAAGGUUAAGCACAUGUUAGUUUUGGAAGGAGUGUGAUUUACAGACACACACAUAACAAAUGUACAUACUAUACGAAACACAGUACAAUCAUGUUCUUUCCAAGUGCCUCAACAUGCAGAUACUGUAGAGCUUAAACAUGCGGAUUGGAAAAAAAAAGAGGGAGUGCACAGUCUUAGCUCACUUAAGUCAGAAACACUAAUGGUCCGUGUCAUUUAGUGACAUAGUUUAAUGAUGUUUAUUGAAUUAUAUUAAUAAGGUGUGUCCACAUCAUUCUGAGUGUGUGAUGUUCACAAGUGGUGGGUUUUUCUUAAAAGUAGCCUCUACGCGUUGUCCCUUUUCUUACCAUAAUUUUAUACACAACAGCAAGCGUUUAACCUGUUCGUAGGGUGAUUUGAAAUCGUUAGGUUACCCUUUCCUUGUUCAUAUUUGUUAUUAAUUUCACUUUGUCUUGGGUUCCUCUUUAUACCCUAUGAUUUUAACCAGCCAGCCAUUCCACUCUCUGUUUAACUGGGUUCAUUGUCCUGUGAAUUCUGUAAUUUGUGCCUCUGUUCUGAAGUUUUCUGUAAGUUGCGCUUUUUACUGUGAAUAUGGUACUUAAGUAGUAUUUUUAACCCACUUAAGAUGUUUUAAACUGUUUUGUUAUUGUGUUAUCAGCCUGGCAGGUAUAGCUGUUAUGUUGUUAAGAUGCACAUUGUUUGCAAACACCAAAGGAAUUAAAUUGCUUCUGACGCUGGCCUGCUAAUUUUUCAAUUCGUUAUUGUUGUCAUUCAGAUAUCUGAAAUUCUUGAUUUAUUGUAAGUUUGAAAAAUGACGACUGAAACUAAUUUGAAAGGCAUGGUGAUGUGUUUAAUUGUGGGAUUGCUUGUUUUUUAAAGUCACCACUUAACACCUGUGUAAAGUCAGUUCACAUCUCCACUUAUGGUUAUAGCAUAAGUUGACAUACAACCCUUAAAGGAAGAUAAAUGAAUGCAGCAGCAGUGUGUCUUUCUGCUGCUUGUUUUUUUUUUACUGGGAUUUCUAAACCACUCUGCAGUCAUAAAGAUUGUCUGUCCAUCGAGCUAAGUGUGUAAAAAAGAGUCCAUGUGUUACGACAUCUCAUUGCAACACAUCUCAGGCUAUCAGUGCUCACAUGUUAAGAUAAAACCUAUGCAUACGCAGUUUUGCAAGUGAGAAGCUCUCACUAUGAGUAUUGCAUCUUCCAGUUUAUUCACAAGCAGUAAUAAAUGAUGUGUGGGAAUAUGUGA